UAGUGAAAGAUGGUGGAUCGCUUGGCAAACAGCGAAGCAAAUACCAGGCGAAUAAGCAUCGUGGAGAACUGCUUCGGAGCCGCUGGGCAGCCUUUGACUAUUCCUGGCCGUGUUCUGAUUGGUGAAGGAGUCCUAACAAAGCUGUGCAGGAAGAAACCAAAAGCGAGGCAGUUCUUCUUAUUCAACGAUAUUCUUGUGUAUGGUAACAUUGUCAUUCAGAAGAAAAAAUAUAACAAGCAGCACAUCAUUCCUUUGGAAAAUGUAACUAUUGAAUCCAUCCAGGACGAGGGGGAUCUACGGAAUGGGUGGCUUAUCAAGACCCCAACGAAAUCUUUUGCCGUGUACGCUGCGACUGCCACAGAAAAAUCUGAAUGGAUGAACCACAUAAACAAAUGUGUUUCUGAUUUGAUUUCCAAAAGCGGGAAAACUCCCAGUAACGAACACGCGGCUGUCUGGGUCCCUGACUCUGAAGCCACUGUUUGCAUGCGCUGCCAGAAAGCAAAGUUUACCCCGGUCAAUCGUCGACACCACUGCCGAAAAUGUGGGUUUGUUGUGUGUGGGCCCUGUUCUGAAAAAAGGUUCCUCCUCCCAAGCCAGUCUUCCAAGCCUGUGCGGAUCUGCGACUUCUGCUAUGACCUCCUUUCCACUGGAGAGAUGCCUACAUGCCAGACAAUGAGGUCGGACUCUUACAGUCGGUCGCCGAAGACUCCUUUAAAUGAUAUAUCUGAUGAUGACGAGGAUGAGGACAGCAGUGACUAAGAGAAUGUCUUGAGGUUAGAAUUGGCAUUUGAACCUCUGUUGCUGUAUGAGGAAGCCAGGCUCUUCUGAGAGGCCCACGCUAGCCAUAAAAUUGCCUGAAAAAAUCGUCAGCUCGAAUGUGCCUCAAUCUCUGAAUUUACUAGAUAUAGAAUCGCUACUCUCUCU